GCACUUCAGGAGGCUCAUCGAGUUCUGAAACCAGGAGGGCGGUUUCUCUGUCUUGAAUUCAGUCAAGUCAACAAUUCCCUUAUUUCCAGUCUGUAUGAUCUCUAUAGCUUCCAAGUUAUCCCUGUGCUGGGAGAAAUUAUUGCUGGUGAUUGGAAAUCCUACCAGUAUCUUGUAGAAAGCAUAAGGCGCUUUCCGGCUCAGGAGGAGUUCAAGGAAAUGAUUGAAGAUGCAGGCUUUCUGAAGGUGGAAUAUCAAAACCUGACCUCAGGCAUUGUGGCCAUUCAUUCUGGCUUCAAGCUGUGAUUGUCGUUUUGUGGGGCUGAGGGAAAAACACUUGUCUUCCAGUACUUCAGUGCCUUAUCUCCUGGGCAGGUGAUGGAAAAGGAAUGAAUCACUCAAAAGACCUUAAAUAUCAAGUCAGGACAAAAGAAAGCAGCUGUUAUCAGCUGUGCUUAUUUAACACUUGUGUUCAUUUUACUGGACACAAUAUAUCACUCAUUUGAAACCUGGACAUUUUAAUCAAGUACUUUGCAGCCUUCAGAAGAAAGCUGGUAAGACUUAAACAUUUCCCAUGUUUUAAUCAUUUCACCGAACUCUAAUGUGGCAGAAGAAAUGGAAGACGUGAAUGAAAGCCAUAUUCGCUGUUCUUACUUUGGUCCAGUCUUUCAUGAAGAGAUGUGGGAUUACUUGGUGUAUUAAAAUUAUUAUUUAAAUUUUCAAA